AUGCCGAGCGAAGGGUCGGCCGACAGUGACUGCUGCUCGGCCAUGCAAGCCGACCUGCGUCCGCCCGAGGCACCGCCAUCACUCUCCAGCAUUCCCGUUACACCAGCGACAUCUGUGAGCUUUGGGCCGGAUGAUUUCGUCUUGGCCUUUGAGCGCCAGUCACUCGGGAACACGCCGUCAGACUCGGACGAGUCGACAGAGUCGACACCCACCAGCUCGCCCGAGGGUACAAUCGAGCGUCCAAAGCGCAGGGUGUGCGUCGAGCUCGAGCUCGGAAGCAACCGUCGCUCGCUGAGCGCUUUCAUCGGCCGCCCCUACGUCUAG